UUAAAGUGAGAGGGAAGAAAAAAAACAAGAAGAAGCUCUUCCAGAAUGCCACCAUCGACGAUGGCUGUCACGUUUACAUCCCAGCUGCAUGUUCAUUGGUUGAUAGAUGGACGGGGCGGGACCACCAGGACUGUAAACGGGAAGUGAAAGCUCGGUGACAAAAAGAUGUCUUAGAGUGAUUGUGUUAGUCAUUGCAUCUUUGUCAAGACACGGUGCCGAAAAUGCAGACAGCACGGAGACGUCGGUUCAACGAUUUGACCUUUGACACACAAACAGAAAAUAGCAGCGCGAGUGAAAACAUGACACAGAAGAAAAAGGCAGACUUCCAUUCAGACUUGUGGCUUUACCUGACCCUGCAGAACUGGAUUCUAGACUUUGGAAGACCUAUUGUCAUGAUCAUGCUUCCACUCCAGUGGUUCCCCCUGAAUAAACCUAGCGCUGGAGACUAUUUCCACAUGGCUUACAAUGUGAUAACACCAUUCCUUAUGCUCAGGUUGAUUGAGCGCAGUCCAAGGGCGCUGCCUGGCUCAGCAGUCUACCUGUGCAUCAUCACUUUUGUCAUGGGAGCCAGCAUUCACCUGGUGGGAGACUCCAUCAACCACAGACUCAUCCUGAGUGGCUACCAGCUCCAUCUGUCAGUCCGAGACAAUCCCAUCAUGAGAGAACUCCAGCCUGCCACACUGAUUGACUCCUUUGAAUUGCUGUAUUAUUAUGAUGAACACCUGGGACAUUUAAUGUGGUACAUUCCCUUCUUCACCAUUCUCUUCAUUUACUUCACUGGAUGUUUCACUGAGAUGAAGGAGCAGAAGAAGAUUCCGGUGUCAGGCCAGCUGCUACUUGCACCAAGCGCACUCUAUUAUUGGCUGGAUGACAAGAGGCUUCAUCCUGCAUCUGUCUGUGCAUUCCUUCUACAGUGGAAUGAAUGGAGAGAGUGGACGCUCUUGUCAGCUAUUCAGCCUCUUUGUGGAGGCAGGGCUGCUAGUGAGCGGACCCCACUGAUCUGUACUAAUAAAUCUGGAUAGCUCAUUGGUCAAUGACUUGGGAAGCCACGCGGCCGUCAUAUUACCACUCCCAAUAAAACACUUCUCAGACAAUGACUGAUGUGAGAACUUGUGAGUUGUUAAGUGUGUUGUUAGUUUGUUAGCCACUCACACUAAAUGCAAGGUUAGUCUUCAGACUAACCUUGCACAACAGGUGUGCUUGAGCUUAGUCAUCAGGACUCGGGUAUGAUCAUUUUUAAACAUUCUGUCCAUAACCUACCAUACCUGAGUCAUAACGGCUUUACAUGGAGGGCCGUGGGGGAUAUGUAAACAAACAACCACCACUAGACUACUAAAUCAUUUGCGGUUGCUUGCAAAUAUUAAAAAAUAUGUUGGUUUUUUUUGUUGUUUACCCGAAUUUCAAAUGAACCCCCAUAUGGAGACAAUGUUGAUAUAUUAUUACAUAUUAUAUUACAUAUUAUUCCUGUGGUUUUUGUUCAAAUAUAUUUCUAUAUCAGAAAAGAGAUUAUUUCUAUUUCAUAACACAAACAAAAAAAAUCAUCAAAAUGUGAAAUGAUUUUAAAACUUGUCUCUUUUAUGAUCCAUAUUUUGUACAGACGAGAGCAUAGUGAAUUGUAUGAAAGUAAGAAUAAAAAGUAAAGGAUCAUGACCAUGGAUUUUAGUGGAAAAAAGGGAUGGGAUAUGCAGUUCAAAUGAAAAUCUCUUUCUAGAGGAGUAAAACUAUCAUUGCUAUAGGGGAGUGCUGAGCCAGGGUGCACAGUAGAAUUUAGUCCCAAAGGCAAUGAGAAUUGGAAGGGGAAAAAAGUACAUUUAAUAUAACCAAAAGAUAGAGAAUAACGUAUCAAAUGGUUUUUAAGGGACCAAGGUUGCGUUACUUGAAGGAAUGGGAGAAUCUCCCCGCUUUUUAAUGUCAAAUAUAGAUGUUCUGUUAGCCUCUUCAUCUGCUUUGUACACUAUGUACGCUGUGCCAAUGUAGUCUGCUACGUACGACAUGUGAGUGCUAAGGUGGCCUCUCUGUGGCUUCAGCGGCUUGCAUGGCUGCGUGCGACGUAUGAGCUAUCCAGAUUUAAAUUUUUCAACAAAUUAGCUUGGUGAGAAAGUGUAUGCUAACAUGAAUGAAGGCACAGAAACGAUGGUUUCUAAGGCCAGCGCAGCAGCCCCAGUGAGGGAAUAUUUGGGUUUUAAACAGAAGGAACCAGGUGAGCACAUUAGUUCAAGAGUAGUGAAAAGGGGAACACGACCAACUUACGCUGAGACACAACGCAACGAAAACAAUCCUCGUAGUCCCCUGGAACAUUCUGUGGGAACUGCACCACCUUGGGAGAAAGUGCCAGCCAGGCUUUGUGCUUCACAAGUCUGCCACCCCCCUGCGUCUACAAGUAUGUUAUCCUGCGAAGCAACAUCUCCUCCCACAGCAGGAACUCUGGCACAUUAGCCAGGUCAGAGGGACGCGGUUUGUUUGGCUCCCUGUACUCUUGUUUCGCACAGGCGGCCACAAUGUCCUGGAUUUUAUGUAAUUCAUGGCGAUCGUACACCAGCGGAGAGUCCACGGUCCUCACAACAAACCAUAAGACCAAGAUGAACCAUCACAGUGAGCUGAGGGAAGCCAGACACACCGGCUUAUGUUAUGCCAUAUAAUUCAUGAAAAAAUGGUCUCCAACAUGCAGAUCAAAUCCAUUAUCAAGCAUCAUUUGUAAAAAUGUGCUAUUGUGACAGGCCCAGUGUCAAGUAAAAGUCAAACAUUUUCUAUCAUCAUGAACACAAGUUGGGCAAGCAGAAGCUGCAAAUGCCACACCUUGCAUUCUGGAUGUCUGAGCUUCACGCCUCUCCUGACAUGAUUUACUUUUUUGU